AUGGCUUCCAGUGCCUUGACAAAACCUCAGAUGCAUGGCCUUCUGGCCAAAUGUCUGUGGUUUCACAUUGCUGGAGCAUUCUUUGUAUCCCUGGGGGUUGCAGCUUUCUAUAAGUUUGCUGUAGCUAAACCAAGAAAGAAGGCAUAUACAGAUUUCUACAGGAAUUAUGAUUCCAUGAAAAAUUUUUGA